AUGGAUCACUCUACGAAAUCCUGUGGCAACGUAAGCUUUGCUACCGAUCCAAAGUUUAAGGUGGACGUCUUAAAAGCCCCUAGCUCUCGGCUUUGCGAUAUAUGCCUGCUCAACGAUUGGGACCCCGUGCGGUAUGGUGAGUUGGUUGUGAAGAAAUGGAAAACCGGCAGGACACUCGCUUGCCACUACUUCUGUUUGCUUUCCGGCACCCUGAUCCCUCAGUGCGGCAGUGACACUGCCGGAAUAUUUGGAUUUUUGCUACGCGAUAUUCUCGAUGCCAUACCAAAGUUUCGCAGCAAGCGAUGCGUGUACUGCAACCGGCUAUCGGCAUCGAUACAGUGCAAGCAAGACGGGUGCGAUAAGUGGUAUCACUACAGUUGCGGCUACAAUAAUUACUGCGUCACCGAGUUUACCGGACAGUACGAUUCGUACUGCCACGAGCACUUGCCCGAGGAGUUUGAGCUGCCCCCGAUGGAGGGACGAAAUUGCAACAUUUGCUUCGAAGACUUUGCGCCACCCUCCGACACGGAACACAAUCCGGUCGCGAUCGUCGUAUCGAACUGUAGCGCAGAGUGCCCGGUCGGAACGUUUCACCGCGAGUGCCUGCAGCGUUUUGCGUUUAACGCUGGGUACAAUUUCCGAUGCCCCAACUGCUUUGAUAAAAACUACAAGCACGACGCCGCGUUGCAAGGAAUCUUCGUGCCGCAACGAGAAUCGUCCUGGGAGCGUGAAGCUGGGGCAUUCAAGGAUCUGCACAAGCGUCGAUGCACCGCCAAAGAGUGCACCAGACGAGGUACGUACAAUGAGAAGUCGGUAGCCAGCAUGGUCGGAUGCAAAGUGUGCGGGGGUAUGUUGAUGCACAAAUCUUGCACGGAGCUAGCGGAUCCCAGGGAGUACGUUUGUGAGCUGUGUUUCGACGAAACUUUUAUCAGAUUAUUGUAG